UUGAACGGUAUCAACAGAAAAUGGCUUCCAAUGUGAAAGCGAAAAUUGUUACUCACAGUUUUAAUGAGUUUUAGUCCCAAUUCUUGAAACAAUGACUUGAAAGAUGAAUGUACAAGCUUGACUUGCCCCAAAUUUAAAGACAUAUUAUGGGGUCUCAUGUGAUAGACAUCCUGCGGCAAGGAAUCUGGGCAUCAGUCACUGGAGGCUGGUUCUACGACCCUCAUCAAAGCAUCUUUUCCAAUACAUUUCAUUUGUAUCUAUGGAUGUCAUUACUUGUAUUCCCACUAAUUCUUCAUCUUACAUUGGAACCAUCUCUGGUAGUAUGGACAAUAUAUUGCUGUGUAAUAGGAGCUAUAUUCACCAUCAUCAAGAUAUUCAACUUUAGAAUACAUCAUAUGUUCGAUACUAGUGAAGUUAUAGAAGACAAAUCAGACAAAAAUGAAGAUGAAAACAAAGAAAACAAACCAGCAGUUGUUGGAUCUAGCAGUAAUUCGGUACCAGUACAGAUGUCCAUAGAAGGGGAGGCAAUAGAAAUGGCAACAAUACGACGAAUUGAUGAUAUAAAUAUUACUCCAUCUGAUCCUAGUAAUUCAAGUGAAGAGAAAAAUAGUCAGGUGGAAGUUAAUCUAAUCAAUAAACAAGGUAAAGGCAGCCAGGCUCCAUUGGCUGAACAUGAAACCGACAGUAUAGAUCAACAACAAGAGGAAUCAUUAAAACAAAAUCAUGACUUUGGAACAAUCAGUUCAAAAGAGGACAGUUCUGACAAAGAUUUAGCAGGAGGCAGUCAGAUAACUACAACAGCUCAUGUAGAAAUAAAUCAUCACAUUUCUGACGGCGAAUUAGAGGAUGGAGAAAUCAAAGCUGUCAAUCACAAACAUGAGGAUUCAGAUUCAGAUAUGUCUCCUCAUGGUAAACACAGAAUUAAAAAGAGACGUAAAGCUGUCAGACGAGCUCAGAGUGAUGUGGAAAGAGGUGAAUACUAUCGUGAAAGACCAAGACAAAACAGAUCUAACAUGUCACUUCCUCAAGGAACAAAAUUAUCGGAAGUAAAAAUUGAUAUUAAUGAUGAAAUUGCUAGUGGUAAUAUGUUUAGACCUAAAAGUGAGUGUAUCAUAAGACAAAGAAAACAUAGUAGACCAAAUUGUGAGAUGAUGAUUGUAGAAUUAGAGUCAAGUCCAAAACAUGCCAGGAGAGAUGAUAUCUCAGAAAAAAUGGAUGCUGAUGAUGAAACUGACAAACCAAAAUAUAGAAGAAGUAUGUCACAAGAUGGUGCAUUCAUGCCUUUUAAACCAAAAGCUUUUUCAGCAGGCUGUGGUUUAGACUUAAAAUCACAUUCAAUUAAAAAAGACACAAAAGACAGUAGUAAAACUAAGGACUGUGAAGAGGAACAAGGAAGUAAAAUAUCUAAAGACAAACAAUUAACAUCUAAAAAUAAACCGUCAAGUUCAAAUGAUGUACCAAAGAAAGAGAAAACAUAUAAAAAGAAAUCAAGACCUAAUAGUGCAGGUGAUAUCCAUAAAAUUCAUGCAGAUAAACUUGAGUCAGGAAAAAUUAGUAAACCUAAAGAUCUACCUUUAAGUCAUAAACAUUCACAGAAGGUGAAGGACACUGAUGGUGCUUCUCAGAAAAGUAGUACUGUUGGACUUGAUUGGUUGUUUAGUACUGACAGUGAUUCUGUUUCAUCUGGUGAAGUGGAAAUAGGUUCACGCAGAGAUCACUUUAUGUCUGAUACCUCAAGUACAAUGACUAAUGAAGGAGACAGUAUAAUUGAUACUAGUCCACAAUUUCCUGUGAAGUAUGAAGUCCUGAAAGAGACAGACACACCUACUCCAAGUACACCUAGUGCUGAUGAACUUGAAAUGGUGAGACAACAAGGUGCCAUGCAUAAGCGGCCUGACACACCUACUCCAAGUUCACCUAGUGCUGAUGAACUUGAAAUGAUGAGACAGCAAGGUGCCAUACCAAAGAGGCCAUCAGCUAGGCCACUUCCUCCCAUACCAAAACCUACACCUGCAGAUGAGAGCGCUGCAGGCAGUCCAUCUUCUGGAGAGUUACCAGAUCCUGAAGACUUCAGACGCAAGAUUAUGGAGAUACUGAGUGAUACAUCAGAUAAUCCAGAACAAAUGAAGAAACUUUUCAAAGUUGUUAUUGAAGCCAAAGGGAGAUCAGGCAGUAGAGAUGGUAACAGUCCUCGACGAGACAGAACUGCUAGUAAAAGUAAAUCUGACUGUGCAGAAGAUCCUACAGGAGAAAGUACACCAAGGUUAGGAGAACAUGAUAGAGGGUCAUCAGAUUCUAAAUCAGGGUCACCUACAGAAAGUUCUGCUCUUUUACCCUCUGUUAGUAUAGCUUCGGCAGCUUCAUCUCAGAUAAAAAGGCAUGGCAGUAAAAAAAGGGAGCGAGGAGUAGGAAAAUCAAGAAGACGUGUAAGGCGAAGUGGUUCACCACCAGGUAGUGUCAGAGACAGCAUUAAACAAUCAGGGAAGUUCCAUACUGCUUCAAAUCAUGAUGAUACAACUGAAGGAGCUCUUCAUUGGUUCCAAGAUGAAAAUGGUAAAUGGUUUUCCUAUAGCUUUGGAGAAAAUAGUUCAGGAUUAGCUUUUACCGCCAAUGAAACUCCUGUUGAUAAUAGUUUCUGGUCAGACAGUUGGAGUAAUACUUCUAGUGGAUCUGGCUCAACUGUGAUGAUUGAUUCAAAGACAGAAGAUAAAAAAGAUGAACCAGUGUUACAUGAACUUGAUCUUCCAGGAACAGUCACUCGUCAAACUAUCGAGGAACUUUUAAUGACAAGAAGAAGAAUGGCCGGUGCAGCAUGUGAUAGUUCUGCUGAUUCGGAUUCGUCAGGAAAAGCAAGCAUAAAAGAGCCAAAAAGAAACCAUUUCUACAAAUUCCAAUUUCUUCCAAAGAAAUAUUUAAAGAUCAGAUUUGACCGAUUAGCUUUAUUGGCAUUGUUAGACAGAAAUUUAACAACAAUAGAGAAUAGUAUAGCUGUGAUAAUAGCAGUGGCUGUUGGUGCUGUUGGGGCACUGGUGCUGUCUGCAAACUUUUAUUAUGAUUUCUGGGUCUUCAUGUUUUGUUUUGUUAUUGCUGGUUGUCAGUAUUCUGUUAUGAAGAGUGUACAACCAGAUGCUGCUUCUCCUACACAUGGGUAUAACAGAUUAGUUGUAUUCAGCCGUCCAUUUUAUUUCUGUGUAUGUUGUGGCCUUAUGUUGCUGCUGGACUAUGCACUUAGCUUUGCCUCACCUAACCCUGUAGAUGUUUAUGGUAUGCCAUUUGGAAUGGUAUCAUCUCUGAGGUUUACCAGAGAUCUACUUAAAGUAUUAGUUUUGUUUUUCCCUGUGAUUUUUACAGUAGGACUUCUGCCUCAAGUCAAUACAUUUCUUAUGUAUCUAUUUGAGCAGCUUGAUAUGCAUCUGUUUGGAGGUAAUGCCACAGUCAGCCUAGGAUCAUCAAUAUAUGUGUUUUGUAGAAGUAUAAUUGCAACAGCUUUUCUCUAUCCUUUCUGUUAUUUAGCUGCACAGGUGGGAACAUGUCAUGGUCAAUGUGAAGCAGAAUGUGCCCAGAAUGCAGUAUUUUCUAUUUUAUGUGCAAUGAUUGUUGCUGUCUCGUACCAUCUCAGUAGAGGUGCCAGUGAUCCAAGUGUCUUGUGGAUGCUUGUAAAAGAUUUGAUAUGUAGUAGUCAGAAAGAGGAUGAAGUUGACGAGAAAGAUCUUGAAGAUCCUUUACCAGAGAAACUAAAACAGUGUGUUAGUGAGAGGCUACAGUCAGAUUUGUUAAUUAGUUUGAUCAUUCUAGUCAUAGUAUUUGCUGUUCAUUUGAGUACAGCCUUUAGCAGUCUUCAGCCUGUUGUCAGUGAUAUUAUUUACUACAUGGCUGGUGGCCUUGGCUUUCUUAUCCAUUACAUUAUUCCACAACUACGUAAAGAAAUGCCAUGGCUAUGUUGUUCUCAUCCAGUACUGAAUAGUAGGGAGAGAAAUUUCUUUGAAGUAACUGCAUUACCAAUGAUUAUGUGGUUUGAGAAGAUGUAUGUUUGGAUGAGAUUUUUUGAGAGAAAUGUGAUGUACCCAGUUGUCUUUCUUUGUGCCUUGACAAGUUCAACACCAACCAUUAUGUGUAAAUUUGGAAAAUAUGUUGGACCAUUUUUAAUAAUAAUGUGUUCUCUAAAGUUGUUGAGAUUUGCCUUCUCCCAGACAUCAAAGCAGUAUCUAAUCAUGACAUUUACUGUGUUCUUCUUCAAGUAUGAUUACAGAGAUGCCUCAGAGACAUUCCUCAUAGAUUAUUUUUUUAUAUCUAUUGUAUUUGUUAAAUUCUGUGAUUUAUUAUUAAAGAUGAAGUUCAUUCUGACGUAUAUAGCUCCAUGGCAGAUCACAUGGGGAUCUGCUUUCCAUGCGUUUGCUCAACCAUUCAGUGUUCCACAUUCAGCCAUGUUAUUUUUACAAGCAGGUGUAUCUGCUUUCUUUUCUACACCAUUGAAUCCAUUCCUUGGUAGUGCUAUAUUUAUUACAUCAUAUGCUCGUCCAGUGAAAUUCUGGGAGAAAGAUUACAAUACAAAGAGAGUGGACCAUUCAAAUACAAGACUGUCAUCACAACUGGAAAGAAAUCCAGGUGCAGAUGACAAUAAUUUAAAUUCCAUAUUUUAUGAACAUUUAACAAGAUCACUACAGCACAGUUUGUGUGGUGAUUUAAUGAUGGGACGGUGGGGUAAUACAGAGCAGGGAGACUGUUUUAUAAUGGCAUCAGACUACCUCAAUGCACUGGUACAUGUUAUUGAAAUGGGAAAUGGACUUGUAACAUUCCAACUCAGAGGAUUAGAAUUUAGAGGAACAUACUGUCAACAACGAGAAGUAGAAGCAAUUACAGAAGGAGUUGAAGAUAAUGAAGGAUUUUGUUGUUGUGAACCUGGCCAUCUACCUCAUUUUCUCUCACUGAAUGCAGCUUUUAAUCAGCGAGGAUUAGCAUGGGAAGUUGUUGUGACUAAAUAUGUGUUAGAUGGAUACAGUAUAUCCGACAACAAUGCAGCGUCCAUGGUCCAGAGUUAUGAAACUAGAAAAAUUCUCAUUUCUUUUUACAUUAAGAGUAUUAUAUACUACACUGUGCGAUCACCACGACUUCAGGACUGGUUAGAAGGGGAGACAAUUCUUGAAGCUCUUCAGGCUACAACAGAAGAUAACUAUGUUGAUGUUGAUCCUAUUUUCUCCUAUUAUAUUGAUGAAGAUUAUGAUUCCAAGCUAAAAGGUGUAUCAAGAAACAAAUUUUGUUCUGUUUACCUUAAAUGGAUCAAAAAUUGUUAUGAAAGACGAGAUAAGGAACAAAUAAUAGUCAAAACAUCACCUGUUGUGUCCCUGUGUUACUGUCUGAGUCUUCUUGGAAGAAGAGCCCUAGGAACAGCAGCACAUAAUACCAUUUCUACAAGUGCUGAUUUAUUCCUAUUUGGCCUGCAUGCCUUGUUUAAAGGAGACUUUAGAAUCACUUCACCACAUGAUGAAUGGGUGUUUGCUGAUAUGGAACUUCUGAGGAGAGUUGUUGCCCCUGCAAUUAGAAUGGCUCUUAAACUUCACCAGGAUUGUUUCAUGUACACAGAUGAAUAUGAGGAUGAAUCCUUCCUAUAUACUGCCAUAAGUAACUACGAGAGUAAUCUAGUCAUAUCACAUGAAGCCGAUCCUCAGUGGAGAAAUGCUGUCUUAUCUAAUACACCAUCACUCUUAGCUCUCAGACAUGUAUUUGAUGAAGGUACUGAUGAGUACAAAGUUAUCAUGCUCAACAAAAAGUUUCUUACCUUUAGAGUUGUCAAGGUAAACAGAGAAUGUGUGAGGGGAUUGUGGGCAGGACAACAGCAAGAAUUAAUCUUUUUACGGAACAGGAAUCCAGAAAGAGGCAGUAUACAAAAUGCCAAGCAAGCAUUGCGGAACAUGAUCAACUCAUCUUGUGAUCAGCCUAUAGGUUACCCUAUUUAUGUAUCGCCAUUAACAACAUCAUAUUCUUCUACACAUAAUCAGCUAGCCAGUAUCAUUGGUGGAGAAUUUAUACUGGCAAAUGUUAAAAGCUUCUUCCAAAAUGUAUGGAAAAGGUUGAGACGACGAUGUGGUGCUUCCUGUGCAGGAAGUAGUUCUGGUUUCCAGGAAGAAAUGGCAUACUCAAUAGGUUGUUCUCAUGUUGGAGCAGCUUCUGCUUUAGGCACUGCAGGAAGUAUCAAAGAAGCCACAGUUAUUGGUACCCCAACAAAUCAACAAGACAUAGCUCUACAAACAUUAGGGAAUAGAGGGAGUUUGAUAUCUACAACAAGUUCCCUUGGUAAACCUAGUGCAUUGGCAGCAUUUGCUGGAGUGUUGACAGAAAUAAACUCAAAAGAAACAUUUAAUCAAAAAGUUAGAAUAAUGGAUCCAUCUUUAGUGUUCAUGAACAUUAAUCUUGGUAGACGUAUUGAUGUCCAAUGGCCGUGUGAAGAAUGGCGACUGAAUGGAGGCAGUAAUGCAUGGCAGGGCUGGCUUCCUGCUAAGGGCAUGGUGGGAAUAGUCGUACAUAAAUGGAUUCCUUGUCAUCGAGAAACUGUCAAAAGGUCUCAUGUGGACAAAGUCAUACUUUUAGUGCAAAUAGGUGACAAACAUGUUCCAAUUGCAGAUUCUGGGGUAAUGGAUCUUGGUGCUGAAGUUUGAUGAUUCCAGUGUCUUCAUAGUUAUUAUCAGUCUUAAAAAGAGUUUCCAUGAUAAGAGUCAGAGUGUAAUGAGAAUAUAUCCAUCGUGAAGGAAUGAACUUGUGUCCGUGGUAACAACUGAUUUAGUAGGGACUAAAAUAUUACCAUUUAUAUCAAGGGUAUAUUAUCGGACUAGUGUUCAAUGAAUACUACCAAGUAAUACCUUCAUCAAGAUUUAGGUAACUUACUUCAGGAAUGGUAUUAGAUAUGGACUUGACACAUAACACUGUCAACUAUGUUUUGAAUCGAUACCAUGUAAGAACCCUUAAUGACAACAGCUUAAUUACUACACAUUGUAACAAGAGUUUAGAGGCAAUUGGAAAGAAAAAAAAUAGAAAAGAUAUUCAAGAAGUAUUUUUCUACAGUUCUAUCUUUACACAGGUGCUGUAAGUUUUACAGACCAUUUAGAGGUAUAGUGUUUUAUCAUCUGUUAACAAUGGUGGGUCAUGUGUGUUAUGUGUAGAUUUGUAGAAAGUAAUGUCAGAGAGUUCACAUGGCCUUCAGAAUUCUUUUUCAUAUUAUGUUGCAGGUGUUUUAUAAAUCAAAAUUAAGAAUUUGAGAUUUGAAUUACCAUCAUCAUAAAUGGUCAGAUAUUGUAAUCAACAUGGUAGUGGGUUUGAAUAUUAAUGAAUAGCCAAAUUUAUGAAUAAUUUAUAUAAUAAACCAUGAAAACUUUGUAAAACUUAUAAUUGUUCAAGUGAAUUUUCCUUUUAAUUGUAAAUUAUUUUUUUCUCCGUUAGCUUUCAUGAUAUUUUUGAUAGUUUUGUAUCUCUAUGAAACAAAAGUCAAUUAAUCAGCCUUCAUGUUAAUUUUACAUUGUGUUAAUAUUACAACGGUCAGUGAAGCACAAUAUUCUUACUAUAAAAAAAUGAUAAACCACCCAGGGAGGGCUGUCAGAUAUUGCAUCUAUGGUGCCUUUCUUCAAAGAACCAUGCUACAAUUUUUUCUUUCAUUGCAAUGAUUGCAUAACCCAUUUUUGCAGUGCCUUUUCUUGGUACCAUGUUCUUUAACAUUAGAUAGUCUUUAGGAUUCAUCUAGCUUCAAUUUUUGUGAAGAUAUAACAAAUUGUACAUGUAAGACAUGUAUAAUUGCAAGCAUAACCAAAUCUACAUACAAACCCAAGUUUGUGUGACCAUGUAUUAUUGUUAUUUUUGUCUAUGUUGGCACUAUUUUCAGGGUUUAUUAUCAUGUUUAUGCUGCUUAUGAAGCAGAGUUUUUUUGUAAAUAUAUAAAUAAAUUUGAUAACUUGUACAUGAUUGGUGAUUUCAAAAUCAAAAAUAUGUGAUUUUGUGUAAAUGUAUGUAUUGUAAUUUUUAAACUAGCAAUUCUAUUCUGUGUUUUAACCAUUCUGUAUAUUUUGUGUAUUUUAGAAAUCGUGCCAUGUUUGUAUAUUUGGUCCUUCAGUAUAUAAUUCCAGUAACACAGAGUUGUUAUGAUUAUUGAUGUGAUAUCUGCUUUAUAUUUAAUCUAUGGUUUGCUUCAUGUCUUUAUGCAAUUUCAUUUUCAUUUCAGACAAAAAGAGAUGCAUAAAUUUCUAUUGUAUUUCUCCGCCAUUUUAUUUAUAGUAAUCUAUUGUUUAAUUGACUUUCCAAGAAGGUAGUGAUUAUUCUUUCAAGUUUUGAUACCAACUACUUAAUUUAAAAUGUGAAAAUGAAAUAGCUCAUAUUCGAUCAACAGUUACAUAUCAUGUGACAUAGGUAUCUGGUCAGUGCAUUCAUUCGAAAUUUUAACCUUUGAAUGAUUUGCUGCACCUCUGAGGACUGAAUAUGAUCUGUAUCAGAUCACUAAGUUAAUAAGUGCUAGAAAUCAUAAUCAGAUUUUCAAGAAAAUUUUGUUUUUUCUGUGUGUUUUAGGCCAUUUAUGCAAAAAUUGACAAUCAUUCAGUUUAACGGAUAAUUUAUAAAGAAUAUUCUACAUAUAACUGGACUUUUAUGGGUUCAAACCAUAUCAAUUAAAAAUGCAAUUUCUUUUCUUUAUUUCAAGUUUUUUAUUAAGCAGUGUUAUUUGACAUCACUUUAUAUAUAUAUAACUCGUCUAAACAUCAACCCAACAAUGUUAGAUCUGUAAAUUUGCUUUCGCAAAUUUUUGGUUCUUCCCCAUAUAUAUAGAGAGAGAGAUGUGUAUCUAUGUUCAGCCAACAUCUUUGAACGAGACGUUACACAUUUGUUAAUGAAUUCUCAUAUUAUCUCAUAUAUAACCAAAAUAUUUUUUUUCAGUUUUAUUUAACAUUCCUUAAAAAGAAAUCAUUUUCUCAUUAAUGUAGGUGUUAGUUAUUUCACACAGAACUCCACAACUUUUAUUUGCAGCAUGUAAAUCAUACUGCUCAAAUCAUAUACUGGUAGCUUAAUACAUACUUCAUGUUUUAUUUAAUUUGCAUAUUUUUAAAGAUUAUUUAAGAUUUUUUUAAAUGUACAAAUGUAAAUUGACGUACAUAUCAGAUUGUACAAAACAUUACCUUUUAUUGUUUGUAUGAAAUCAGAGAUUCUAUAUUUAUUAUAACAUGGUUCAUCAUAUAUCAUAAAGGAAGUAUGUGUAGAUAUUUUAUGGAUUAUUUUGGUAAAACAUCAUAAUUAUUGUACACCUGUCUACUAUGCAUGUCUUUUGCAUAAAUAUUAUUUUAAAUUGGUGCUUUUCAUGAAAAUUAAAUGAGCAAAAUUAAUUUUAGUUAAAGUGUUGGGUACCACCUUAACUGUUUUAUUGAAAAAAUCAGAUUUAUUUUUGGUAUCUGUAGUCUAGCAAAAUCAGGAAUUUUAAUUUCAGUGAAUUUCAUUGUUUGUAUUCAGUGAUUUACAUUUACUGUUUAGAGGCAGUACAAUUUUGUUUAAAAAAAAACAGAAGAAAAAUGAAAGCUUUACAAUUCCAAUUUUAAAGAGACAGAAUAAACUUCCAUAUUUAUUUAAAUGAAAAUAACACCUUGUGCCAUCAAUUAACCUACUAACUAAUCUAAUGGAGUUUUAGUAUAUAUUAAAAGCUAGUCGUGCUGCAAGAACUCUUCUUGUCUCAACUUUUAAACUUUUAAUGAUAUAGGAGUAAUUUUGAUUUGAUUCUUUUUCUAACUUUGUUUUAAAUGUUGUUUAAAAUAUAUUUAAAUUAUUAGUUACAGUUUGUUUUGUUUUUUAUUUUUUUAUGUCUGCAAAAUGUGCAAUUAGUAUUAUGUGUAUUUGUGUUUGUACAUGUGUAUUUUUAUUGAUAUAUGUGUAUUUGUGCAGGUAUGUUCGUGUUUUAUGUUUUGCUUAAAUAAUGGCAUACUUCAGACAUUUUUCACGUAGCAAUGGAGGCACCAGUUAUUUUUGAAACUAGAAUUAAUUGGAAGUAAAAACUAUUGAAAAAAUUGUUUUAUGGUGUUAAAAAAUAUUUUGUCAGUUAUUUUUAUGUAAUAGAUAACUGUUUACAAAGUUAAACCACAAGUUUAUUUCUUUUUUAUCAUAUAGUGCUCUGGAAACAUGUCUUUGCAGUAACAAUUGGAAGAGUUAUUUUUUAUUGUGCUGAUAGUCGAACACUUUUUGAAUCAUUUGCAAGUUUUAAGUGUGUAUGUUUUCUAUAGACUAGAUUCCUUAGUGUUUGAACAAAAAAUAAAAAUGUGUAGAAUUUUUACCAAAGUCAUUCCAUUCAUUGUGUAAUUUACAUAAUACAUGUAUAAGAAUGAUUAUAUUCUCAUGGUAUACUGUUAGAAUGUGGAAUAAAUGUGUAUGUAAUGAAAAUGAAAAGUGUCAACUUAAAGAUCAAAUAAAACAUUGAAAAAACAAUAAAUUAUUAUGAAAAAGUU